AUGGCGGGCCCGCUUCGCCGGGUUUUGAUCGCACUUGACCUUCAGCUGGCAUUCUUAGUAUUGUUCGCCGGAAAAUUUGGGGUGGCGGAAUUUGGAGCGGACAUGGAUCAGUUUAUCGAGAUCACUAGCUUGUACUCGGUCCCGGUUGAAACGGGUCGGGUUUUCGCGUCAAGAACGUUCCGUGAACUUGGCUAUGCCCUGGAACUUUGGACCGUUGAUGGGUUUGGGCUGGUUUGGGCUAAAGCAAAGCCCACCAACAACGAGAACAAUACGAACACAAUCGAAUACAAAUUUGUGGAAUCGAGAGAGGUGCCAUCUUUAGGAUCAAUCGGACCUGGAUCGACAAUCAAAUCUGCUUUGUAUUGCUUUUCAAUUCCGCUGCAAUUAUGCGCUAAGAUCACGAGCUCGUACAUUGCAUCUGUCAUGAAAUUUAAUGCAGGAGGGUAUCCCUCAUCGAUUUGUUUUACUUGUGCGCUGAGGAUACAUUCAAACUUUAGCGACGUAUUGACUUUCUUGUUUUGUUCGCUCACGGCAAAAUUCGCAGCCCAAACCAAAAAAUCAUCAUUAUUUGGGCUUGAAAUUGCGGUCCAUACCCCAACUUCGGCCAUGGACUGGAACGAAGCAGAAACACAUCCGCCUCUAACGAUUUGGAUAGUACUUCUUGUCGUUAGCCGAGAUCACGAGCUAGUAUCGAAUAAUCGACACGUACUCAGAUUUCCCAUCAUCGAUCUCUCGGUAUUGUCCUCUGACAAUCGAGAAGAACUUUCGCAAGAUUCACCACCUCGAAAUCACCCAAGUUUAUCGGUGUCCAUUCGUCAGGUUUGGCAAGGGAAUUUAGCGAGCUUAGGAACACGAAAAUGA